AUGCACGGGGCCGGGGGCGGGCUUCGGGCGUGGCCAGAACAAUGCCCGAGGGCCACCGCCGCAGAUCUCGCGGCGCCGCGCCGAGCAGGGGCGGGGGGUUCUGGCGGGCAUCCGCCCCUCGGGCUAAUCGAGCACUCCGCGCACAUCUUCCCGAAUUCGCUCGUUGGCCACGCAGUGAGUCCGAGCGGCCCUCAAUAA